AUCCACCCCUGCUCUGUUGGCUUCCCAGCCCCCCUCAAUAUUGGAGCUUCAGCCGCGGGGCAGUUUCCCAAACCAACCCUCAACCCCCCUCGAGAUAUACGAAGUAUCGAUUACCUACAGCUUGAGACCACGAAAGCUUCAGCCUUUAUGAGGUGGAUAACCAUACACAACCAAAUCAAACCGGAAUUCGACAUGCAAAGUUUUUGAUCAGAGACAACGUAAACCAAAAAAAAAAAGGGUUCGAUGUCCAAAGUAUGACAUCACCCUCCCGCACCUACCGCCCCUGAAACUAAAGCUUCCCCGACAACCACGGACCAACGUUCUUUCUCCCGCCUCCGGACAACGCACAUGGUCCGCCGCCUCCCGUGGACGCAUCCACACCUUAAAGUCGGCCACGCCGCCGAAAGCAAACCUCAACCAAAACGCAGGAAACGGGCUACCUCUACGGCCAUCGCUACCGCUACUACUCCCAUCAGGAACACCAUCGAUACCGGAACCCGCGAUAUCAGCAGCUACUUCACAACUACGAGGAAAAUGGGCUACCGGACCCCGCGCGGCGGCGGCGGCCGACGGCUAAUGUACAAUAGCGGCGGCGGCGGUAGCAGUCGCAGCAGCAGAACGACGACGACCCCCUAUACACCCAAUCGCAGCGGUGGCAGGACAUACUCCCCCUCGCCCCCUCCCUCGCAAAAGAAGCGCCUCGACGGGCUCUUCCUCGAAGGGAACUGGUACUGCAACUGCCAGCCGCGAAACACGGCCAAAUUCCUACAAGUCAGCAAGAACACGGCCAACAGGGGCCGGUGGUUCUACACGUGCGAGAAGAGGCGCGGCGGCUGCAACUUCUUCCUGUGGGCUGAGGACGCGGAGAACAGGGCCGAGGGGGCGACCAUGACGUUGCCACCCAUGCCGCAGGAUGGUGCCGUCGCUGGUAAUUCUGCGACGCCUCGACGAACGACUGGUCCGGCUCAGGGUGGUUUCACGCCGGGUACGGCUUCCACCAUCAAACCCUCUGCGACGAGAGCUGCUUCUUCGUCAGCGAUGAUGGAACCGCCUCCGUCGCCCACGGCGCAGAGAAGCGCCGCGAAGCAAAAGUUCAUGGAUACCUACUUCAAGAACCGACCCGUCCAGGUACCCGAGUACGAAGAGCCGAACGAUCUCAUGGUCACGGACGAAGAAGCCGAGUUGACAACCCCGGCGCAGAGAAAGAGGAAGAGAGUCCUCUUCGACUUUGACUCUGAUGAUGACGGAGAAGAAGCACAGGGGCAGGGGCAAGGAGGUGCCAGGACCGACGACUACGGUCUCGAUGACGACGUCUCCUCGGACGAGGAGAGGGCCAUGACCGAGGCCAUGGAACGCAGCGCUAAGAAGCUUCGCGCCGAGGAUGGCGGUGGUGGUGGUGGCGGCGGUGGCGCGCCUUCCACGCCUGCUGCGCAGCGUACGGUACACGACGGUGCGCUGCCUACGCCGCAGACGGUCAGCCGAACACUCUUCCCCGACGCGAAGCGCCGCAAGGUCGGCGAGGACGUCGUCGGGGAGAUCUCUCCGGGCAACGUAUCCUUUUCGACGAGCACGUCGUCAGCGACACUUGGACGCUCAACAGCAGCGGGAACAGGAACUAUCCCCCCUUCCUCCUCGCCGCCAACCUCGACCCCGCAAGAAGAGCAGCUCGAUCCAACAGAGGAAGUCAUGGCCCUACUCCAGGGUCAAAAGGGGGUAGACGGCGCCACAGCCCGCGACGUCAGAGCCGUGCUGGGCCGGUUCGCGAUGAAGGCCAAAGGGCUGGCGCGGGGCCGGGACACGGUGCGGACGGCGCUCAAGGCCAAGGACGAGAAAAUUGCGGAGCUGCAGGAGAGGGUUGCGAGUCUGGAGGCUCGGGCGAGGACGCAGAGGGAGCAGAUUGCGGAUUUCAAGGCUGGUAUGAUGGACUUGUACUCGAAGCAUUGAGGGUGUCUCUCCGCUUCUCUCGGACAACGUUCUUUUUUUUU